CAUCUCUAUUUUCCUCAUUUUUAAUUUUGUUUUAGAAAAUCAUACUCCUCUUUACCUCCCAAAGCAAACGGCUAUUUAUUCUCUCUUCUCCUUCCACCUUUCUCACCACUCUCUCUCUCUCUCCUCUCCCCUUCAACAAUGGCUCUCAUUAAAAACAUCUCCUCUCUCGCAUUACUAUUAUUGAUUGUAUCUCACGCCACCGCCCAAUCUCCCGCCUCUUCCCCCUCUAAAUCCCCGGCUCCAGCCGCCGAUGCCCCCACCAAAGCCGCCAAUUCUCCAACCAAAGCCGCCGAUUCACCUACACCAGCUGCUCCAGCUCCUUCCAAGCCCAAAUCACCGGCUCCAGAAAAAGCUCCAGCUGCAGCUCCAGUAAUCUCAGAAACUCCAUCCGAAGCUCCAUCUCCAGCCGCUAAAACCCCGGCUAAAGCGCCAGCCAAAGCACCGGCUAAGGCACCAGCCAAAGCACCGGCUAAGGCACCAGCCAAAGCACCGGCUAAAGCGCCAGCCAAAGCACCGGCUAAAGCGCCAGCCAAGGCACCGGCUAAAGCGCCUGAGAGUUCGCCGCCAGCUCCACCACCAGAGGCGCCGGCUCCGGUUCCAGAGGCGGCUCCACCAACUACUGUGGAAGCUCCGGCUCCGGCACCUGAGAAGCAUCACGCUCCACCUCCGUACCACUGUAAAUUCAAGAAUAAGAAGCAUUGUAAGAAGCAUCACGCCGCAACACCGGCUCCGGCUCCAGCUGAGCUUCUAAGCCCACCUGCGCCGCCAACUGAGGCUCCUGGACCUAACGGCGGCUUUGACGAUUACGGUCCUGGUCCUUCUGAGGAUGAUACUUCGAGUGGAGAGAUCACAUGGGCAACUAAAUUGGUGGUCAGCUUAGCAUUCGGAUGCGCUGCUAUGCUUCUUUUUUAAAGUUUUCUAAAUAUAGAUUAGUUUCUUCUUUCUCUCACUCGAUCUCUGAUUCUCUUCUUUAUUUUUUGGUGUUGAUGAAUUUUUUAUUCAUUUACAAGCUCAUGUCCAACUAAUAUCACGGGAUCAUAAUUAGACAAAUUGAGCUAUAUACAUUGAUUGUACUAUUACUUUAUUUAUUAUUGAGCUUAUAUUAUACAAUUCCAUUCUAUUCUAUUUA